CCUGCGUCGCUUUACGGCAGAUGCAGUCGAGCUUGAACCGCGGCGACUUGUCGAGGAGGUCCGACCGGCCGUAGCGACUACGGGGAUGCCGCGGGGAAACACGAACACAGGAAAGGAAGGCUCCCGACCUCCACGCCCACGCUAGCAAUCACAGCUCUGCGUGGGAGGGAAAUCAAGGCCGUAUUUUACCACUCCCGCCCCUUUCUUCACUAUACUGACGUUCUCGGAGAAGCUGUCAGUGGGGUCUCGACUGUGCAGCCGCGGCCGCCUGACAGGUGCCGUCGCCCGGCUCAGCGUGAGGAGAUGCCGCCCGUCCAGAGAACCAUGUCGGAUCUUCGAACGCGGGCGGACGGCUAUGAGAAGACAGAGGAUGCUUCCGAAAAGACAUCUUUAGCGGACCAAGAAGAUGCCCGAUUGAUUUACCUGAACCAGCCACAGUUUACAAAGUUUUGCAGCAACAGGGUCAGUACGGCCAAAUACAAUGUCCUCACUUUCCUCCCAAGGUUCCUCUACUCACAGUUCAGGAGGGCAGCCAACGCUUUUUUCCUCUUCAUUGCCCUCUUACAGCAAAUCCCAGAUGUUUCUCCGACCGGCCGCUGGACAACGCUGGUGCCACUGCUUUUUAUUCUGGUUGUGGCUGCUGUCAAGGAGGUCAUUGAGGAUCUGAAACGUCACAAUGCUGACAGUGUUGUCAACAAAAAGGAAUGUCAAGUGUUACGAAAUGGCGCCUGGGAAAUUGUGCAUUGGGAGAAGGUGACUGUUGGGGAAGUGGUCAAAGCUGCCAACGGCGAUCACCUCCCAGCUGACCUCGUCAUACUGUCGUCCAGUGAGCCGCAGGGAAUGUGCUACAUCGAAACAUCAAACCUAGAUGGUGAAACAAACCUAAAAAUCAGACAGGGUUUGCAAGUGACAUCCGACUUGAAGGACAUUGACAGUCUCAUGCGACUCUCAGGGAGAAUGGAGUGCGAGUGCCCAAAUCGUCAUCUGUAUGAGUUUGUUGGGAACAUCCGACUGGAUGGGCACAGCACAGUGCCGCUUGGUCCAGACCAGAUCUUACUAAGAGGAGCCCAGCUGCGGAACACGCAAUGGGUCCAUGGUGUGGUGGUCUACACGGGUCAUGAUACAAAACUCAUGCAGAACUCCACUCGGCCUCCGCUAAAGUUGUCCAACGUGGAGCGAAUCACCAACUUUCAAAUUCUGGUCCUGUUUGGCUGCCUGCUGGCCAUCUCAUUGGUCUGCUCCGUGGGCCAAACCAUCUGGAAGUACCGGUGUGGCAAUGACGCCUGGUACAUGGACCUCAACUCUCCAGAUGGCGGGGCGGCGAACUUCGGCCUCAACUUCCUCACCUUCAUCAUCCUGUUCAACAACCUGAUCCCCAUCAGCCUCUUGGUCACUCUGGAGGUCAUCAAGUUCAUCCAGGCCUUCUUCAUCAAUUGGGACACUGAUAUGAUCUACGAGCCUACAAACACACCUGCCAUGGCCCGCACCUCCAACCUAAAUGAAGAGUUAGGCCAGGUGAAAUACAUUUUCUCUGACAAGACGGGCACGCUGACCUGCAAUGUCAUGCAGUUUAAGAAGUGCACCAUCGCCGGUGUGGCCUACGGUCACGUGCCCGAGACUGAGGAUGGUAGUUUUGCGGAGGAUGACUGCCACAGCACGCACUCGUCAGAGGAGUCUGGAUUUAUUGACCCAAGCUUGCUGGAAAACCUCCAAAGUAAUCAUCCUACAGCUGCUGUCAUUCUGGAGUUCAUGACCAUGAUGGCCAUCUGCCACACCGCAGUGCCCGAGCACAACGAUGGAAAAAUUACCUACCAGGCGGCAUCCCCAGAUGAAGGCGCUCUGGUGAGAGCUGCACGCAACCUGGGUUUUGUGUUCUCUGGUAGAACGCCAGACAGCGUCAUUGUGGAAAUGAUGGGAAGCGAGGAGAAAUAUGAGCUGCUUCACGUACUGGAGUUUACAAGUGUGAGGAAGAGAAUGUCAGUCAUCAUGCGCACGCCAUCCGGAAAGAUCCGCCUCUACUGCAAAGGAGCUGACACGGUGAUCUAUGACAGACUGUCAGACAGCUCCCGUUACAAAGAGAUUACAUUGAAACAUCUGGAGCAGUUUGCCACAGAGGGGCUGCGCACACUGUGCUUCGCUGUGGCAGACGUCAGCGAGUCGUCCUAUCAGCAGUGGCUGGAGGUUCACCACCGAGCCUGCACCUCCGUGCAGAACCGAGCCCUCAAGAUGGAGGAGAGCUACGAACUCAUCGAGAAGAACCUGCAGUUGUUGGGGGCCACCGCCAUUGAGGACAAGCUGCAGGAUGAGGUGCCCGAGACCAUAGAGACACUGAUGAAGGCUGACAUCAAGAUCUGGAUACUUACGGGGGAUAAACAGGAAACGGCCAUCAACAUUGGACAUUCCUGCAAACUUCUGACGAAGAAUAUGGGCAUGCUAGUGAUAAAUGAGGACACACUUGAUAGAACAAGGGAGACCCUCAGCCACCAUUGCGGGAUGCUGGGAGAUGCCCUCUAUAAGGAAAAUGACUUUGCUCUCAUCAUUGAUGGGAAGACGCUCAAAUAUGCGCUCACCUUUGGAGUGCGACAGUACUUCCUGGACCUCGCCCUGUCCUGCAAGGCCGUCAUCUGCUGCAGAGUGUCUCCUCUGCAGAAGUCAGAGGUGGUGGAGAUGGUGAAGAAGCAAGUGAAGGUGAUCACGCUGGCCAUCGGUGAUGGCGCCAAUGAUGUCGGGAUGAUUCAGACGGCCCACGUUGGAGUGGGAAUUUCAGGCAACGAGGGCUUGCAGGCCGCCAACUCUUCUGACUACUCCAUUGCUCAGUUCAAAUACUUGAAGAAUCUUCUGCUGGUCCAUGGAGCUUGGAACUACAACCGUGUAGCCAAAUGCAUCCUGUACUGCUUCUACAAAAACAUCGUCCUUUACAUCAUAGAGAUCUGGUUUGCAUUUGUCAAUGGCUUCUCGGGUCAGAUUCUGUUUGAACGCUGGUGCAUCGGCUUGUACAACGUGAUCUUCACCGCCCUGCCUCCUCUCACUCUGGGAAUAUUUGAGCGCUCAUGUCGGAAAGAAAACAUGCUGAAGUACCCAGAGCUCUACAAAACCUCCCAGAAUGCAAUGGGAUUCAACACCAAGGUCUUCUGGGCUCAUUGUCUGAACGGCCUCUUCCAUUCCGUCAUCCUCUUCUGGUUCCCUCUCAAAGCCUUCCAGCACGAUACAGUGUUUGGCAAUGGAAGGACACCUGACUAUCUCCUUUUAGGAAACAUGGUUUACACGUUUGUUGUCAUCACAGUUUGCCUUAAAGCAGGCCUGGAAACCUCAUCCUGGACUAUGUUCAGUCACAUCGCCAUCUGGGGCAGCAUUUGCCUGUGGGUGGUGUUUUUUGUCAUCUACUCGUCCCUGUGGCCCCUCAUCCCUCUGGCCCCCGACAUGUCGGGCGAGGCGGAGAUGAUGUUCUCUUCAGGGGUCUUCUGGACAGGCCUGGUCUUCAUCCCCAUCACCUCGCUGGUCUUUGACGUGGCCUACAAAGUGGUGAAGAAAGUGUUUUUCAAGACGCUGGUGGAUGAGGUGCAGGAGCUGGAGGCGUUGUCCAAAGACCCCGGAGCAGUAGUGCACGGGAAAAGCUUGACGGAAAGGGCCCAGCUCCUGAAAAACGUCUUCAAGAAGAGCACUGUGAGUCUGUACCGUUCGGAGUCCAUGCAGCAGAACCUGCUACAUGGCUACGCCUUUUCCCAAGAUGAGAACGGAGUGGUGUCGCAGUCGGAGGUGAUCCGAGCGUACGACACCACCAAGCAGAGGACCAGAGAGUGGUGAGCGACGGCCGUUCCGAAGCAGGAAGAGCUCUUCGCACUUUCUUCUUUUUGGGAAUUUUUAGUACUCUGAACAUGACCGCCUACAGACAAGAAUGGAAUCAUAUAUUCUUUUGCGAAAGGGAACAAAGGAAUUGUGUUCUAUUAUUGAGCACGGUGCUUUUCUUCGCAAAACUGAGCGGGGCGUCUCUUCACUCUUCAGUUAAUGAGAAAAUGAAAGCGGUUAUUAGCGCGAAACCAAAACGACAAAAAUAAUUGCAGCCAACUAAAACUGUUUAUUGUGAAGUUUAACAAUCCACAAAGCCAAGAUUUGAAGUGGUGUCAGAUUGCCAAAGAGCAGUCGUAAAUACAAUCUUCCAAGUACUCGUGAAUUCGGAAAACACGUCGUGAGCACCACUCUCCUUUUAAUGACUUUUUUUUUUUAAAGCAGCAAAUGUACCAUGUCGUGUGUAAAAGCCUUACAUCUGCAUCAUGCCUUCACAAAACAACUCCUUUUUAGUUCCUCACGUAAUGUAGACAGUGUGCCUGCUUUUAGUUUGUGGCCUAGUCGCGUUUCCACCUUUUUGACUCCAAGCCCCUGAUGGACGACCGCAUUCCACACGUCACAUUCACAAAGGUGCCUACGUUUCCAUCACGGAGGAACGAGCUCGCGUCACAGAUAGCUGUCGAGGCACACACAUUGAGGAAAAAUAAAUAGAUAGCUAAAAAAAAAAAUGGAUAUAUAGAGAGAUAGAUAGAUACAUAUUCCAGACAGCGGUGAUAGCGUUUCCCUGACAACAGAGAUUUGAACCCUUCCGACAUAAGUGCCAUUAGCUUCAAAGAGAGAGAAAUAUUAACCCAGGACACCCCACACCAGUAUCAAAAUAAUGUUGUCUCUAUAAUUAUUCUUUUGUGGAUUUGUAUUUUUAUAUUUGGAGAUGUACGCAUUUUGCAUUGACUGGCUUUGUAAAACUGAUCGUCUGCAACUUUUGUCCACCGCCGGGGACGGAGCGAAUGAAGACACUGAGCUUUCUUAAACGUCUCGUUUCUGUAACCUUAAUAUUGUUACUGCUUGAUUUAUUUAUAACUGGACUUAAUACUUCAUGUCUGUGCGAUGGCUUUCUUCUCCCUAUGGGAGAUAUGACUUUUGACUGUGGUAGUUGGGUGUAAGUGUGUUGGGUUGAUGCCUGCAUGUGCACGUGGCGUAUGAGGUGUGUGAGCGUAUGUGUGACCUCCUGUGUUCAUUUUUGUGUGCAUUGCAUGUCUGUCUACUACGCAGGAAUAUGAAAGCCUCACUGAAAAGAAAAGGAGAGUUAUGAGGAACAUAUAUUAUUACAAUGAAGCCGUACUUGCUGAGUGAAAUAAGUCAGAAUGUUGCAAAAAUUCAGCAACUUCAGUCCUGCAGCGGCUUAGAAUGCGCGCUAGUCUGUCACGAAUGUAUUGCACGAGUAAAGUCGUACAAAGUAAUUUCGGCACAUAUUAAUAUGGAAAAACACCUCGAGGCCAUCAAUAUGAAGAAUGCCACGGUAAGUUAGCAUGACGACAUCUUGCGCUGCGCAAACUGGUUCAUUGCGCGCCGUUGAACCCUUCUAAACCUUCACAUGCGAGGAAUGUCGCGAACCGAGGACCCCCUCAAAAGUACAAAGUGGUAUCGUUUAUGAGCGAAAAGUAAGUCGUAACAUUACAGAAUAAGUGUUCUUCACCCCCCCAAAAAAGUUUAACUUUACAAGAAAUUGUCUUAUUUUAACAGGAAAACUUCAUAUUACAAGACUUAUUUGCAACUAUCCCGAAUAAGGUUGUAAUGCCAAGGCAGUGAACUCGUAAAAUGAUGUAAAAACAGUCCUAACGUCACAGGAAUGAAACUGACGAGAAUUUACACGGGAGACUUCCAAAAUACUUUCUUGUAAAAGUGACUUUUUCCCUGAAGUAAUGCUUGCAAAAUUAAGAUUUUUUUUAGUAAAUUUGAACAAUCCCCCCCCCCGACCCCCAAAAUGACCAUAUUCUCAUACGAAAAAUACCAGCUCAUAACUUAUAUGACUUUUUUUCCAUAAAAUUGGGAAAUAACUUUUUUCUUAAUUAUCGGACUGUCAUAAAAAUGUGGUCGUUUAUAUCCAUUCAUGAUUCCAAUCGGGUAAAUUAGGACUUGAGUCGCAUAAAAUGCAGACUUAAUUUUCAUGAGACUGAAUUUUUCUUUUCAGUGUGGCCCUAAUACUUCAUUGUAAUCCUUUACGCAAGAUGACGAGUUCUUUCCCCUGGAGUGUUUCUGAAGUACAAAUGUUUGUUUGUCUACAUAUAAAUGUGCGUGUUGAUGCUAGCCUAUACGUCGUCCACGUGCACGAGCUCAGCUUUAGCUCCAAUGUUCUCUCGUGUGCUGAUGCAUGGCCCGUGUGGAUGGGAUUGUUUGCGUGUAUUGUUGACUUUUUGAUGUGUGCGAGAUCCCGACGCUCCACGGGCUUCGACCGAAAGUGUCACACGAUGCACUCUCGAUGUAACUUUUUUCCCCCGUCACGGUUACUGUCCCUUUUUGGGUUCAACGAUGUUUGUGACUCGCUUCACCUGAAAGCUUGAAUUGCUUUGAAGUUGUCAAUUGUACUCUGAAUGUGAACGUUGUUGUCUGCGUUUUUUUAAUUUUUUUUUUUUUAAUCUAAGUUGUGCACUGCAUGAGUGGAUAACACAAACUUGUACCACUUCACUUUACAAGAUGGGGAAAAAAAAACUUGAUUUACUUGAUUUAACUUUUCUUUAUUUUGAUGAUUGUUGUGCAUGUUGGGACUGCAAAUGUAUAAGUGUUGUCUUUUACAGUCCGCGAAGGACAACUGAAAUAAACUUUACAUUCAUGGAGGAACAA